AGGAAUGCAAGAUAGGUAAGUACGGUUCCAAGUUCAUAUCAAAAUCAACAUCCUGCAAAAGGUGAGAGGAUUCCAGUGAUACGUCUACUUGUGAGCCGAAUGCUGCAAAACAGCAUAACGAAGAAUUAAAAUUCAAUCACUGACCUGUAACAGAGGCAAAAGGCAAUACCUUCUCUAUAGUCAGAAGAUAGAAAACAGAUAUCCCAAGAUGGGCAACGCCGAUUAUAUACAGCUUACUAUACCUAAUUACUCAUAUGUUUUCAACUUUGAAAAAACUUACUCUUACACAAAUUCUCUAACAUGGAGCAGAAGUCAUUACCCAAAUUGUUUCUUAUACUGUGGGAUCUACGCCGUCCUAAUUUUUGGUGGGAAACAUUACAUGUCAAAUAGACCAAAGUUUAACCUGAGAAGCAAACUUGCUUUGUGGAGUGCAAUGCUUGCAUUAUUCUCCAUUAUGGGAUUUCUUAGGACAGCACCAGAAAUGUUUCAUACGUUAAGGCAUCAUGGAUUUUAUUAUAGUAUUUGUUCACCUAGCUACCUUACACAAGACCACGUUUCUGGUUUUUGGACAUUCUUGUUUAUCUUAUCAAAAAUUGCUGAGCUCGGAGACACAAUAUUCAUCGUGUUACGAAAACAACCGUUAAUCUUCCUACACUGGUACCAUCACAUAACAGUUCUUCUUUAUUCGUGGUUAUGUUAUAUAGAAACUACAGCAACAGGCAGAUGGUACACCGUAAUGAAUUACUUUGUCCAUUCAUGGAUGUACUCUUAUUAUGCUUUAAAAGCAAUGCAAUUCAGCCCACCAAAAUGGGUUGCCAUGCUUAUCACUACGUUACAACUGGUACAAAUGGUUGCCGGUUGCGCUGUAACUGCUAUGAGUCACUAUUACGUAGCAAGUGGACGAGAUGAUUGCCACGUGCAGCUUUACAACGCCAAGCUUGGUAUGCUGAUGUACAUCAGCUAUUUCAUUCUCUUCUCUAUAUUCUUUAAGAAUAGCUAUUUGUCUGGCAAACGUACAAAGAAUGUCGAAAAGAAAGAUUAUGCUAACGACAAGCUCAAAGCUAACUAAAAUAACAUUUUUCAAAUCUUUUUCCAAGAACGCUUUUCAGUGGCAUUUUAUGAAAAUACCUUCUCACGAGAAACGCUAUUCGAUUGAUUAUCAUGUAGAUAUAAUCGUGUGGUUUUUUUAUAUAAUUUAAAAGAAUGCACUAAAAAGCUCACGGAGAUAUUUAAAAAAAAACGUUAUUCAUAAUUAGUUCAGGAGCAGGACUACUUUUAUGAAAAACAAUCGACGAGCUUCGGUUCGAAAUUUAAUAUGAAUUUUUAUUAAAUUUAAUAUAACAUAAUAUUGAUUGAAGUGUUCCUCGUCAGAAUCUUUUAUGAAGACAUAGAAACGCAUUUCAAGAUAACUUUUGAAAAUUUUUUUUCUAGUCUUCGUUAGCAUAGUCUUAAAAAUUGGCUAUGGUAGAAUGCUCAAAUAGAAUAGAAAUUAUAGAAAUUUUACGAUAAUCUUAAAUGUUGCGCAUACUGAAUCUAGCAAUAAAUUAUAUGAUACCUAA